AUGAAUAGCGUAAGAGGACUCUUGGCUGCCUCUGUAAUUUCCAUCCAGGACUCUUGCUUUGUCUAUCCUGCCUGUCAAAAAUGCUUUUCUAGGCUGAUACUGGAUUCUAGAAGGUUUAACUGUCUAAAAUGUGGCCGCAUAGGUGAAGCUAAAGAUGCAAGCUACAGAUAUAGAUUAUCCCUAAAGAUUGCUGACACUCAUGAUUUGUUUGAAAUUACCGUGUUUGGAAGUUGCUUAGAUCCUUUCUUUGGGGUCACCGCAGAAAAUCUGCAGAGGUGUAUUCAAGACUUCAAUCAGCUGUCAGGAGAAACAAACACAGAUGCAUCUCCAGGAGUGUUGGUUCAAGCAGUGGAAACCUGUUUCAUUGGAAAAAGAUUUAUAUUUGGAGUGAAGGGCAGUGGAAGGGAAGAUGGAGGGCAUUCUGCUGCCAGCAGCAUCUUGCAGAACUGUUCCAGAAUUAAUAGAAGUACAAAAAAACUUACAGCUUGCCAGAUCUUCCUGCCAAACGCCGCUGUUACUGGCUUUACUGUUAUCAGCUGCUUCCAUCGGCUCCUGCAGUUGGCAAAAUCCUGGAGCGCUGAUAACAGCUCAUGCUUACCUGAUGCAUCUUCAGCUCCAAUAGAUGAACCUGUCAGUGAGCUCAGCAGCUUGUCUGGCCUGAGCAGAAACUCCUGUCUUGUUCAGUCUAGUGCCAGAGAAAGUUUCUUAGGGUCCUGGCAGCACUCCUUCAGCCUGACUUCAUCUGUUGCUUGGGUAACAGCAGAAGACUUUCCUGCUCUGGAAGUGGGAAAACUGGUGAGUGAACAGCAUGAACAAGAGGAGAGGCCUCUCUCUGCAGAAUUGUGCAGUGUAAGCCUCAACAAUCAAACUCUCUUGGAUCCGCAGUUUUUCAGCUCUUCUGUGAAAGAAGGGAAUAGAGAAGAGGAUAAUGAAUUGAGUUUGCAGCCUGGUCAGACUGACAGUAUCUCUGCAACUGAUAAAUUAGAGAUAGUAUCCUCUUCAAAGACUGACUGUUCACAUGGGAAUGGUUCCAGGUUGUUACAACAUCCCUCACAAUUUGAACUAAGAAGGAUUUACCCAAAGGCUAAUAGUAGAAAUUAUUCUUGCCCAGAGAAAUCCCACAAUUCCCUUUUUCACAAGAGAGAUUCCUCAGCACCUAAUUGCAUAAAUGUAGCUGGAGUGUCUCAGAUGGACUCUGUGCUUUGGGAUGACCUCCCAUUCUCAGAAAGCCUCAAUGAAUUUUUAGCCAGGAUAGAAGAUGGCAAGAGUGUUGUAAGAUCACCCAGCCUUGGUGCAGGCAAACAGGCCCUUCUUGAAAGCUGUGAGUUGGAUAUAAAUCUUAGCAAAUCUUAUUCCAGGCAAACCCUAGUAGCUGGUGAUUUGCCUGAAGCAAGUGUCUCGGGGAGAAUCUUGCCACUAGCAGAGAAUGAUAGUUGGGAAAACAGGUUGCUUGCUUGUUUUGAGUCAAAUGGAAAUCCUCUGAGUGAUGAUACGUCACAGUGUGAGUCUUCACCUAAUGUUUCAACUUCAACUGAUAAAGAACAUGAAGCAUCUUCCAUUAUACCUAACCCUCAUCUGCCUGUUCCGUCACCAUCCUUGCCAGUAAUAUCAAAGCCUUCUGUUUCUGAGAGCAGAUUUGCGCAGCCCAAAGAAGCAAGUAUUGACAUUUCAAAGUCAGCAUGGUCUUUUAUUAGUCUGCAGUGCACUGCUGAACGGGGAGAAAGCUCAUGUUUAAAAAGGAACAAGGCAGCUACCUCUGUGCUUUCUGCAUACGAUAGCUGUUUAGCUGGUUGUGAAAACAAAGAAAAUUCUUCUACACCAAGCCAAAGAACAGAUCUUACGUUCACAGGGGUAUGGGACUUUGAUCCACCCAACAGCACAAGAAGAAAAUUAAAACCAUUGACAGAACUGUCAGAAAAUAUCUUCAGGAAUGUUAACAGGAGAGAGAUGCUGUGGAACAGUAUCUUCCUGGAAGGCAGCUACAAUGCUUCUGCUGAUCUCUUUGAUGCAAGUGCCAGAGAGGUAGCAAAACCUGUAGAAUUCUUAAAUAAAUCAUGCAAUUCUUUAACAGAAGAAGAUACUUUGACAGAAAAGGUCACACCUCCUGAAUUGGUGCUUUAUCCUGGAGAUGGUCUCUGUAAGAGCUCAGAACUGAGCUCAUCUCUACACAGGUCUCCUCCUGCUUUCAGUAGGCAAAGUACACCUGUAACUUACUCCUUUUGUAAUCCAGAAUGCAGUUCAGUCAGUACUCAAGACUUUGUUCCUUAUUCACAGUCAACUCCUAUGACAAAACCUUUCCAGAAACUAUGGCCUGUUGCAGAAAGAAGCAGUUCUGUCACCAUCUUCACCCCUAAAAACCCCACUAAGAUCCAUUCCAGAUGCAAGAGAUCCAGGUCUUCCUUUCAAAACACUCUGCUGCAGCAGUUGACUGACAGGUUAGUGAAAUGGGAAAAGCCAAGUAGCAGGGAAGACAAAGAAAGUUACAGCUCUGCUUCACAGCAGUUCCCUGACAGCCAACCACUUGCUGACUUCGAGGAGUGGAUCCCUCCAUCUGCAAGCAAAAGGUUGAAAACAAGUGCAUCUUCAAACUUAAAGACAGUUAGCUGGGCUGCCACCUUGCAGUUGACCUGUGGGCAUGGUAGGAGGAACCCUAGUUCUGAAAGCAAAGAGAACAGUGAAGAUGGUGCAUGCUUCCAAAAUGAGGGAUUAAACCCUGGGGAUACAGCCAGGAUUCUAACAACUCCUGUGGCUGCAAGUGUCACCAAGCCCUUGUCUUUAAAUGAUGCCGUCCUGGAAAUUUGUUCCCCUUCAGAAGGCAGGAAUCUCCUCUCAAAUACAAAUUGCUCAGGGGGUAUACUGGAGGCAACUGGCUGGUCUCCGGAGUUGUUCUUCCAAGCACAGACCCCUUUUUCCAAAAAGCCAAAACACUAAAAAAUAUUUCUAUAGUAUGGGAUUUUUUAAAUUAUUUUUAAGACUUUUGGGAAUAAGGCCAAAAGAAAAGAAG